ACUGAGCCGCUGUCAGUCGGCCUCCCUCCUGCUGAACACCGUCCGCCUCUCCGGCUCUCCGUCUCCGUCAUAUUGGCUGCGAGGAGCAGCAGCGAGCACGGCUGAGAAGAAGACCCCCACCAUGACGGGAAACGGGGCUCCCGCUGCGCUUUAAAAAAUGAUUUAGCCCUUUAAACAUUUUUACUAGUAUUUUACUAAUUAAUUAGAAAAUAAUCGGGAUGAUACCUUCAAGUAUCCGAGAACCUUUAGUGCUUUCCUCCGACACCGUGGUCCACCAGGGGGAUGUAGUCCUGACUUCUCUUCAGAGCCGCUUUCUGCAGACAAAGAGUGCUUGUGAAUAAAGCUUUCAAAGACACACGGCUCCCCGGAGCUCCUGUUGAUGAAGAAAGUGGGCAACAUGUGGAGCAACUUGAAGAGCAAAUGUCAGACUCUGUUUCACAGCAGCAGCUCAGGACCCGGUGAGAGCAGGCCGGACGCCAACGCAGUCCACUGUGUGCUUGACAUCGGACAAGGAGGCAGCUCAGAUGAGGCUCAGGUGUCCGAAGCCCCCAGUCCAUCGCGAAGCCUCCUGCCAGUUCCUAUGGUAACAGCAGGCCGCCGCCAUCACAACUGUGUGUCAGACAUCCCUCAGAUUGUAGAGAUCACUCUCGACAAGGACACUGAGGAUGUGCGGGGGGGCUCAGGGGGCGUUCCUAUGGCCCGCAGAGACUCUUAUUCCCGUCAUGCCCCAUGGGGGGGCAAGAAAAAACACUCAUGUUCCACCAAAACCCAAAGUUCCUUGGAAGCAGACAGGCGGUCUGGCCGUUUACGGGGUAGCGGGAAUAGGAGGGAUCGACGUUAUGGAAUUGGCUCCAUCCAGGAAAUGAGCGACUCCGUUUCUGGAGGACGCAGUCUGAACGCUCGCUCUCUGAAGCAACGGCUGAGUGACACUGUUGGGCUGUGUUUACCCCUCCCCCCUCGCAGACGCUCAGCUAAGAACCCCGUUACCUCCAAACGCAAGAUCCACCUGACGGAGCUGAUGCUGGAGACCUGCCCCUUCCCCCCUGGAUCAGACCUCGCACACAAGUGGCACCUGAUCAAGCAGCACACGGCACCAGUUAGCCCCCAUUCCUCCACCGCCCUGCUCGAUGCCUUCGACCCAGCCCACCCCUCCCCUGAGGACGAGGAGGAGCGUCUGCGUGAGCGCCGCAGACUUAGCAUCGAGGAAGGUGUGGACCCCCCUCCCAAUGCACAGAUCCACACCCUGGAGGCCUCAGUGCCUGGCUCCUCUCUCUACAAACUGGGACCAAAGUUGGCUCCCGGCACAGGGGAAUCCUCUGGGGAGGUCCGGUCCUUGGGGUCCGGCAGCUCUGCGAGUGCUGGAUCAUCGGGGGCCUGCAGUUCGUUGUUGGGGGCUGCAGCGUCGGCUCAGGACUGUGACUCGGAGGAGGACUCGACCACCCUCUGUCUGCAGGCCAGGAGGCCCAAACAGCGGCACGCUUCAGGGGACGGACAACUGAGCCGGCAGCAGCCUGGACCCUGGAAGGUCCACACCCAGAUAGACUACAUCCAUUGCCUGGUCCCGGACCUGUGGCAGAUCACUGCUCUGCCCUGCUACUGGGGCGUGAUGGACCGCUAUGAGGCCGAGGCACUGCUGGACGGGCGGCCGGAGGGCACCUUCCUGCUGCGUGACUCGGCCCAGGAGGUCUACCUCUUCUCCGUUAGCUUCCGCCGUUACAACCGCUCGCUGCACGCCCGCAUCGAGCAGUGGAACCACAACUUCAGCUUCGACGCUCACGACCCGUGUGUGUUCCAUUCGUCCACUGUCACAGGACUGCUGGAGCACUACAAGGACCCCAGCGCCUGCAUGUUCUUUGAACCGCUGCUCACAGCGCCGCUCAAUCGGACCUUUCCCUUCGGCCUGCAGCACCUAGCUCGGGCCGCCAUCUGCCGCUGGACCACUUACGAUGGUAUAGGCUCUCUGCCACUACCACCCGCCCUGCAGGACUUUCUCAAGGAGUAUCACUAUAAACAGAAAGUACGAGUCCGCUGGCUGGAGAGGGAACCGCCAACAAAGGUCAAAUAGGACGGGGCUUCUCUGAGCCUGCACGUACGCUGCAGGAGGGUUACACAUCCUGAGGAGCUCCUCGUUAGAGCUUUAGAGACAUUUCUCUCUUUCUGAUGGGGGAUGAAAUCUAAAUGUAACAAGCUAUACAAGAUUCAUUCUAAUCUUUGCUUUAGUUAUUACUUACAUCACAGAAAAUACAUAUGAUUAUAUUCAGUAUAACGCUGUCUGGCAAGCACAUGUUUUUGUGUUGAACAGGUUGUUUUGACCAGGAGGGGAGGCACAAAUAUCAGAGCUUUGUGUCUUUUCUCUCCUGCUUUGUGCUAAAUGUCUGCCUGAUCCCACCACUUCAUCACCUGCCUGUACACCUGCCUGCAUGCCUCCCUCUUCAUCCCAAACCGCUAUUUAAGCCCACACGGCUCCGUUGUACAGUUCACUUUGUGCUCUCCCUUUUUUUUUUUUUUCUUUCUUCCUGAGCUUGUCAAAGCACAGAGUGGAGCACCUUCACAGGAGGUGUGUGUGUGUGGGUGGAGAGGGCAUCUGGAGGUGCUUAUUGGUGUAUUGCAGUCACAGCUCGUCCCAUGGAUGAAGCUACAUACUUCAGCAUCCCUUUGCACGCGUGGCAUGAGCUUCAGCCGAGUCGGGACACAUUCAGAGCAAUCAGGGAAACGAAACGCCUAGUGAGGGCUACGGAUGAGUCCUUCAACAUGAGUUCCCCCUCAAGCAGUAAUGGUGACAAAUGAUCAGUCUACUGUUUCAUUAAGAGCGAGCUGAACUUGUCAACUUUAUUCCCACUGUGUGGUUUCAAAAAAGGAGAGACAUUACACGGAAAUAUUCAGACACGUCGGGCCAUUGUUGCACUUGUGAAAGCAGUUUGUCAGUUCUGAGGUGCACAUACGAGCUCUAUGACAUUUAGGAAAACAUUUGCGCAGUUUGCUGUUUUAAAAGAAAUGUUUUAGCUUUAUUAUUUUGUUUCACACCUGCCUCCUUCUGUCAGCAUCUUCCCGGGCAUCGACCCUGUGUAGCCAUCCUCCUGAGCCACGUUUCUUUAUAGAUCAAUAAGCUAACAUUUUUUACACUUUACAUCUACCCUUCCUCAAUUGUAUAACUUCUCCAACCAACAGUCCCAAACUCAAAUGCUGUCCGUGCAUGGUAACAAACGUCAAAGAAAAGCAGAACAAAAUGAACAAAUCAGAAGCUUACACCGGCAAAUGUUUGAUAAUUCUGCUCAUGCAACCGUUGACCAAUUAUCGAAAUAGUUGCAGACAAUUUCCUCAAAUUGACGCAUGUAAAUAUUUAUGUUCGACACCUGUUGUUCUUUCUCCGACUUCCACAGAGGUCUGCAAACAUUUCUUCCUCCCUCUCAGUAUUUUACUCUGAACCCCGAAUCAGAGGAGGCCGACGGAAAACACUUGGAAUAUAUCCUGUGACCUUAAUCCCUGUCUUUUUUUUAACAAAAUGUGUUUUUAAAAAAAAAUAUAUAUAUUUAUUAAUUUAAGAAAGUAACUCUUAGAUAAAGGAAACGGGGACCUGACAUUUAGUUGACCCUGCAUGGUGCAGGUAUAAGGUGCUGAUUUAACUCUCUGAUUUACACACAGUAGAGAGGUGAUGGUCUCCAACACUUCAGUGAUUACUUUCCGAAGGUCUCACUCAAAACAACGCCUUCAUCGCCCAGUUUUUAGAGUCGAAGUUGAAGCGUAGACUGCAGCCGAAGCUCGCUUGAGUUAUGUAAUUUGACUGGUUGUAGUUGUGCGUGCGUGUGUGUGUGCGUGCGUGUGUGUGUGUAGGGCUACAACAUAAAAGACCUCAAGUCCACUCUAAUCAGUCCGUUGAAUCUCUGCACUUUGGCUUCAUUGUAACAGCAUAGGAAGUUUGCAACUGAACACACCAGGUCUCGGAAUAACCCUGAAGUGUGUCCGAAUUAUCCUCAGCGGUCUCAUCAUCUCAAAAACACAGAAACUGUAAAUAAAACCUGUAGAAAGACUUAAAGAGCCCAUAUUCUGCCCUUUUUGGGGUUCGUAUAUUUAAUCUAUGUACCUACUUUUGUACAUUCAC